UUACAAUUCCGGCAACACUCGACUAGAACAAUUUAAUUAUUAAAGCAUAAUUCCUCUUCAAAAAUCGAAAACUAUCGUAUCUAUCUAUCGCUCCUGCACUGCACUUCAGCCUGGAUUCUGUAAAGUACGGCCAACGUUUUAUCUCUUAUCAGCAUUUUUAACUAAUCUUCUGUCAAUCGACUUGCGGGUCCAAAUAAGCAUCCAUCAAUCGAAUACGGUUGAGCCUCCGGCAUUGCAGACAUCGAGUUCUGCACGACAUGAACCAUUCCACCGAAAUCAUCCUGACCAUUGCCGGCAUUGUGUUGGUACAUGGGUUAAUUUUCUACUUUCUCACACGAAAGUCCCGACUGAUUAAGGGCAAACAUGUGGUCGUUACGGGCGGUUCCAGUGGGAUCGGUCUGUGGGCAGCAAUCGAGUGCGUCAGAUUAGGGGCGCACGUUACUAUCAUAGCACGAAACGUGUCCCUUUUGGAAAAAGCGAAAGAAGAGCUCGAAAAGAGACGCAUCCGUGACACACAACUGAUACAAUUCCGAUCGGUUGAUCUUUCCAAGAGUUACGAUGUGGUGAAAAACACGCUGCACGAGUUAGAGCAAGCGGUCGGACCGAUCCACAUGCUUAUCAACUGUGCCGGUAUGGCCAUUUGCGGCACCAUCGAAGACACCUCGAUCGAGGACGCCCGGAAACUGAUGGAUGUGAACUAUUUCGCUACCUACUACCCGACCCGCUACGUUUUGCCAAAGAUGAAGGAAGCCGGGGACGGUAUCAUCGUGAUUACUGCGUCCCAGGCAGCGCUGAUGGGAAUUUAUGGUUACGGUGCGUACGCUGCCUCCAAGUUUGCCCUUCGUGGAUUAGCCGAAACGAUCGCAAUGGAAGCACGGCAUCGUGGCGUUAGUGUCACGCUUGCCCUACCGGCCGAUACCGAUACACCCGGGUUUGAGGCGGAAAAUCGUUCCAAGCCGGAGGAAACGAAAAUUAUUUCCGGAUCGGGCGGAUUAGCAAAACCGGAGCACGUCGGCAAGCGGAUCGUGCAGGACGCGCUGAAGGGUUCGUUUUUCUCCAUUAUGGGACUGGAAAGCUGGGUGUUGAGUAUUCUGUGCGUCGGUAUGGCACCGUGGCGUGGGCCAUUGUUGUGCUUUGUGCAGUUUUACCUGUUGGGACCCCUGCGGCUUAUCGGGCUGGCACUGCAGUGGAACUUCCAGCGGAUUAUAAAGAACUGUGCCAAACAGCGACAACGUACAUGAACAACCAAAGGCAAUGGCGACGAGUGGAAAUGCGAUGGCGAUCAAAUUAAACGUAACUGAAUCCACCUAAACACGAUAAAACAAUACAAUUAGCAACAAUAUUGCAUUUCCUUUAGGGACUGCAAUGUGUGUAAUAUCCAAAACUCAAAAAAUAGCAUCGUGCAUUAAUCUUAAGUUUUGAUAACACAAAUUUAGAAAGAGACUACCUAAAAAUACGCGCACAACUUUCACAUCAGAUUAGGAAGGUAAAGCUCUAAAAGGAUCGAUUUAUGUAAAUCAGUUCUUACAAUAUUCAAACAUAAUAAAACCAAAAAACAGUAUUGCGUGAUGUUAAAAGAUCAAAAUUUACUAU